GCAUCCCUGCUGCGGAUCUAGCCGCGGGCAGCUGUUUGGACGGUCUCAAACGGAUCCCUAACCACGUUCCCCCAGGCAGGCCUCGGGGGUCCCGGGACUGGAGGACAAGACCGGGGGUUUUAAGAUCCCAGGACGCUGAAAAGGCUGGCGUGACGAGGCGUUGCACAGGAAGCCGUCGGGAGCGGGGACCACUCGCUGGGAGGCUGUCCCGUCCUGCGCCCGCGGGCGGGGGUGGCCGGGCCCCGCAGUCAUUUCGGGAAGCGCGGAGGUCUGCAGCCGCUCCACCGCCCGGGCUGCCUCUGCGCCCAGCUCCGGGGCGAAAAUGCCUGCCCUUCACAUCGAGGAUUUGCCAGAGAAGGAAAAGCUGAAGAUGGAAGUUGAGCAACUUCGCAAAGAAGUGAAGUUGCAAAGACAACAGGUGUCUAAAUGUUCUGAAGAAAUAAAGAACUAUAUUGAAGAACGUUCUGGAGAGGAUCCCCUGGUGAAGGGAAUUCCGGAAGACAAAAAUCCCUUUAAAGAAAAAGGCAGCUGCAUUAUUUCAUAAAUACCUCUGGGGAGAAACUUUAUCCUCAGUGAAUGAGCUGGUUUGUUUCAGUUCUCUCAGAUAAAAGCAACGUGCAUUUUAAAGAAGGAAAAGUAAAAUUGAAAGGAGAUUUUCUUAAGCACUAUGUAGAUAGGGUUAUGUGUAGAAGCAUGUGUGUUUCUCAUCUUCGCUCACUACACACCCCUUUUAAGAGGCAGAGAGUAUCAGAUGUACAAUUAUGGAAACAAGGACGUUACUUGUGCAUGACUCAUAUCUUUUAGUAUAUUGCUUGUUGCCUCAAAUAAAGUUUUAUCUUGGAAAAGA